AUGCAGGGCCAUCUCCCACCAGGCAUCGAGCUCAUAAAGGUGGACGACUUCCAGGAGUGGCUUGUGGAUCUCAGAGUGCUGGAUUCGAACCCGCUAUACGAGAACGAGAUCUACCGGCUCAAGUUCACCUUUGGCAAAAACUAUCCUAUAGAAUCUCCUGAGGUCGUCUUCGUCAAAGACGCAACUCACCCAAUACCCUGGCAUCCCCACAUCUACUCCAACGGAAUCAUAUGCCUCGACCUCCUCGACAAUGCUGGCUGGAGCCCCGUGCACAACGUAGAGAGCAUUGCAGUCAGCCUGCAGAGCAUGUUGACAGGGAACUCGAAGAGGGAGAGGCCGCCAGGAGACGAGAACUUUGUCAAGUACAACACACAGCGGCCGAAAGACAUCAACUUCUUGUUCCAUGAUAAUAGCGUGUAA